AAUUACUCUUCUUGGAUUGCCCAUGCCAUAUGGCUUCACCACACUUUCUCAUCUGAGCAACUGUUUUCUCUGGUUGGUGGAAAUCUUUGACGCUGGUGUUGCGUUUAAGUCAAAUUUGGGGGUGUUUACAAGAUGCUGAAGUGGUGAUUAAAAAGAAGCAGACCAAGUUGGUAGUGGGUAAACUAUUGAGUUAUUUGGAUGCUUUUUGGUUUUGUUCCUUUGGGGUUCACUCAAUUGCUGUUGCUGCUCUUUUUGGCUGGCAUGUUUCGACUGUGAGGUUUUGUAACAAGGUUUAUUGGAGGUGUUGCUUAAUCUGCUGGGUUAGUUUUAGGCACAUAUCCAUCUUCUCUAUCUGCAGGCAGCAGAUUUGGAUGAAGUUCGCUUCCUUAUAACUGCUACGGUGCUGUAUUAAGUUGUGGUCGCACCAGAUCCAUGAAUUUUAGCAUUGGUUUUCAUAUGUUUAGGUUCAAAAGUAUAAAUUAUGUAAUGGUGCACAGGGUAAUGGACGUGGCUUUGUAGAUAGAAAUACUGGACUUGUUUUCUUUUUGAAGACCAUGAGCAGUUUCCGUAUGUGGUGGGUACAAGUAAACACUGUUUGACUUGUCAUGCUUUAGUUAUAUUCACUGGUGAUAUGGACCACUUGUUUGGGAAGUGGCAACAAGCGCAGAUAUCAUCUGAACUUCUUACUCUUUCACAUAUUUUUGCUUUCUGCUACAUAUGGCAAGAAGAUGCCUCAAGUGAUGGAUAUACAAUUCGUGCAGGUUCUGGUUCUCCUGUACGCCACAGAGAUGCAGGUCAUCGUUACAGUCCUAAUUUUAAUCAUUCAGGUGGUCUGCCACGCAGCCGGGUAUUUGGCAGCGGGAGGGAUCCUGGCAGAUAUAGAGACUCUUCACCGCCUUAUGGCCGAGGAAGGGGUGGUGGUAGGCCAUUUGGUAGGGCUUUUGAUGGGCCUGGGCUUGGCCCUGGGACAUUCAGAGAUGAAGGCAUGAGUAGAAAUAAUCCAAAUGUGCGUCAAAGAGAAGGAGAUUGGAUUUGCCCAGAUCCUUUGUGUGGGAACCUGAAUUUUGCAAGGCGAGAGUAUUGUAACAGCUGCAAAAGGCUUCGCCAUGGGCCUGGGGGUAGUCCUCGGAGGGGCUAUCCUGGCCCACCUCCUCCACAUGCUCCUCCACCAAGACGCUUCCCUGGCUCUCCACUGGAGCGUUCUCCAGGCAGGAGCAUGAAUGGGUAUAGGUCGCCGCCGCCUCCUCGUGCUUGGGCUAGGGAGGGCCCUAGGGAGUUUGGCGCUGGUGGUCUGCCACCUCCCAGGCACGAAGGUAGGUUUUCUGAUCACCACAUGCGGAGAGAUAGACUGGACUAUCCAGAAAAUGACUACAGGGGAAGAAACAAGUUUGACAGGCCAAUGCCAAUGGACUGGGGCCAUAGGGACCGAGGAAGGAAUGUCUUUUUCAAUGAAAGGAAAGGAUUUGAGAGGAGGCCACCGUCUCCACCUCCACCUCCACCAGCAGCACCAUUUCGCCGCUGGGCUCAUGAUGUUAGAGGGAGGAGCCGCUCUCCAAUAAGGGGCAGCCCGCCACCAAAAGACUAUCACCGGGAUAUGUACAUGGAUCAAGGACGAGGUGAUCGGCGUGCCGUGGGGCGAGACAGAAUUGGAGAUGCAUAUUAGCGGGGUGCUAGGGAAUAAAGUUUGCAUGCAUAAUUUUGGUUCUAGUAGUCGAUCUUUACAUGUUUGUUAACAGAGGAAGGAUAGUCAAUCAGGACUAAACUUGAUGUUUUGUUUUUCCGACCUUGGUAAAUUGUUUUGGCUUUAAAUAGGUAAAAAAAAAACUCGUUUUUACAA